AUAUUCUCUGUCUCGUAUAAGUUUCGACACGAUUCUGCAGCAAAGAUAAUUUCGACUGCCUAUCUUUGAUCGUGAUAACAAGAAAUCGAUUGCCACUUUGAAUUAUUGAUAACAGCUUACGCAACUUUGUUGUUAAGCCGAAUUGCACGUCAAAGGUUUAUAUUUAAUAAAAAAAAAUAUGCUGCGCAUAUUUUGCUUCCAAUAACAAUGACAUUGUUUUGAUUCCUUGGAGAUUAUGAAAGAUAUUUUUUGAAAAAUAUUUUUGAAAUACUUUUUUGUAUUGAAUUUGCAUUUAUUAUGUUAUUGUGCCUUGUUCGAUGCAACAAUGUACUGUAUUUGAGGCUAUCGAAUAUCUACUUAUAAAACUUUAAUUGUUUCAUAAGACAAUUAUUUUAAAUUGUUGUUAAAGUAUGCAUUCAACUGAUGAGCCUAGGUGGAGAUACGUAUAUUUCACUUUAGAUAAUUAAACAAAUCAUUCUCUAAAUACUUUCAGUUAUUUGAAGAUUAUAUAACUUGAUUCAGAGGAUAGGCAUAUGAAGCUAUUUUAAAACCAUUUCUACAUCCUAUGAUCGACUUAGAGUUAAUAUUAAACAUUUAUUGUCCUCCACUGUUAUUCAUCAGUCUGGAUUUUGCAUGUUCAAAUAAAAUCAGUGAAACAUACGGGGUUAAUAGUGUCUGAAAGCACUAAGAAUAGAACAUCGGUCCAAAAUAUUCUGAUAUUAAUACAGUGGCCUUUAUUCCUUGGAUUUUUCUCAGAAUAAAGAAAGCGUUUGUACGCAAGGAACCUAAAGAACAGAACCGACGUAUACAUGUGAAUUUCUAAAUUUACUGACCUCUGAACAGAAGGUGAUAGCAUGUUAAACGAGCAAUAAAACAGAACACUGUAAAUGUGCUGGUAAAAUGUUUAUCACCCUUUGUUCACGUGUGCAUGGUAUUUUAAAAUAAAUCAGUUGACCUUGAUAAUUGAUUAUGUAAUUAAUAAUGAAAAUGUUUAAGAAAAAGUCCAACUUCAAUGCGAAAUAACAAAUAACAUUGGAUUUAAUAUAAAUAAAAAUUCACAGAUUAUUAUUUACAAGUAAGUUUAUAAUAUAAUACGUUGUUACAGAUUAAGUGCUCACAGUAGUUCAAGGACGUAGGUUCCUAAUAGAUUUUUAGUUCCACGAAUUUAAACUGCAAUGCUAAAAUCGUAGUUGCGUUACGAGAGUUUAAUUUUAAUUAUCUUAUUUGCCUGCAGUAACGUCCAAUUAACUCGGAAUAAUAACGUAAAACACGCGAUUAAGUUUGAUAUAUAUUUAACAUAAUGUAAUAUAAAAGAGAGAAAAAGAAAUUUGUAUUCGUAUUUACCUUUCGAUUCGCAUUUGUUGACUAUCGGUAAGAUAGUCGAUACUGUAUCGAUGCAAUCGAUAUUCGAUUUAUCGACGAUCGAUAUUUAUCGUCCGGUUCAGACUCACUGUCGAGUGCACUUAUAUAAAUUACCCAAUAAUUUAUGUUAUAUUAUAUUUUCUCAAGUAUUAACCAUUUAUACAUUCAUUUAUGAAUAUUUAUAGCGAUAAAUGUUUAUUACUUGUUUGAAUAAUACGAAUCUUAAAGAUACCUACAUAUCAUGAUUUAUAAAUGUUGUUCAAAGGCUCAUGUCUCCGACAUGAUACUUCGAACUCUUUUAAACACAUAUUACCCAACUACGUUCUUUCCUUAUCCUUACAAUGCGAGAAGCAACAUUAUCUAAAUACGGGUAGGGGAACGUGAUAUUUACGAUUCACAACCAGAGUUGCCACCUUAUUGUAAAAUAAAAUUUAAAGAUGGAAAAAGAACAAAAGGAUAACAUUUCAGCUAGUCAUUUAUUUCAUACAGUAUUCUUAUUUGUUAUUCAAAUAAAAAGUAUUCCAACGAGAUGGUUAACUCGAUUUUAGUCGAUUCGUGAAAUAGGAUUAUCUGUUAUUACGCAACAGAACGGGGCACCGAGUACGGUUGAUCCGUCACUGGGCGGAUCUCGGUGUUUUCCAAAUCAGCUGUUAGUCGCCGGUGAAGGGUGACUCGUCGUUGACCGUAGUGGGGGGGCCUCAGUCGGCUUCGAGACUUGGGCCGGUGCGCAUUGUGUCUCGUUGUUGCGCACCUUGUCUCGCUGUACGUAUUUACCUACGUAUACCGUAGUAAGCUCGUGCGCGCAUAUGUUUCUCUGGCUUUCGUUACGCGCACGUCAAACACCGUUUCUCCGUGUUUGUGGCCGUGUGUGACGUGUUGUUGCCCAAGUGAAAGUGAAACAAGCGAGGGCACUUUUUUUUUUUGGAAAGUAUAAUUCUACGAGACACCUUCAUUUCAUCUCGAUAACUCGAGAAUCGUGAAUCGCACGAUACAUUGUCACGGAGUUCCGUGCGCAGUAUUUCUUUUUUUCGUUCCUCUCCUUUCGCGUGGUUCGUCGCGCAACGGACUUACGGCAGACAGUUGCCACUCGCCGUGCGAAACCAUAUGCUCGUGGCCGCGUACGGAUACACUUAGUUGGAAACUUCCAUGUAUCGAUGAAAGGGGAACUCCGUGGUGUCCCGUCGAAGCUUAGCAAGUAUUUAAAAAUAAAUACCAACGCGAAGUCCUGUUCGACGAACCGGAGGAACACGUGGCACCGUGGUGUGUGGAAUUUAAGUGCGUUCUCCAGCCUGAUUCUUCCUGAAGAGAGCAGAUAUUAGCGAAGGUGGCCAAGGCCGAGGCUUUGCUCUCCGUACAAGGAUCGCCAUAGCUGCGACAAGAAAAUCGCAUUCCACCGUCAGGCUUCUUCUUCUUCUUCCUGCGAAAAGAGAGCGAGAAGAAGGAGCGUGUCGAAGAGUACCCAGGAUGCGGGGAUCGUUCGAUUGACGAAUACAUCCUCGUCAUCGUGUUUCUAUUCCCGCGGUUAUGCAGUGACGUUGCUAAGCCCGUGGAGAAUCACGAAAUGCCGAAGAGCCGGGACUCGUCGAGCACCAUGAAGAAUCCGGAACACGAGAGCGGAUAUUUCGAGGAUGGUAGCGACGUGGAGACGGUCGCCGAGGAGACGACCGUAGCCGAAGAAAGGAAGUAUGGAUCGAGUUGUUACGGGCUUGCCAGGGGUAUCCAUCAGCUCGACGUCGGGGACUCCAGUGACCCGGUUCCCGAUCACUACGAGGACAGAUUGAACAGAGUGAACCUGGCCGACAGCGGAGGACAGAGGGUAGACAUGACGCACUUCGAUUUGCUGAAGGUCCUUGGAACUGGAGCUUACGGUAAGGUGUUCCUGGUGCGAAAGAGGACGGGCACCGAUGCUGGACGUCUUUACGCCAUGAAAGUAUUGAAGAAAGCGUCGAUCGUGCAGAAGAAGAAGACGACCGAGCACACGAAAACGGAGAGACAAGUUCUGGAGGCCGUUCGAGACAGUCCUUUUUUAGUUACCUUGCAUUACGCCUUUCAGACGGACGCCAAGCUCCAUCUGAUUUUAGAUUAUGUCAGUGGUGGUGAGCUGUUUACGCAUCUAUAUCAGCGGGAACACUUCACCGAGGACGAAGUGCGGAUUUAUAUCGGGGAAGUUAUUUUAGCGUUAGAACAUUUGCACAAACUGGGCAUCAUCUACAGGGAUAUUAAAUUAGAAAAUAUUCUGCUGGACAGAGAGGGUCAUAUCGUGUUAACUGAUUUCGGUUUAAGUAAAGAGUUUCUGCCGCACGAAAGGGACAGCAACGCCCGUGCUUACUCCUUUUGCGGAACUAUCGAGUACAUGGCACCGGAAGUGGUACGAGGGGGCUCAGCGGGACACGAUAUUGCAGUGGACUGGUGGAGCGUGGGCGUUCUUACGUACGAGCUGCUAACCGGCGCGUCUCCAUUUACGGUGGAGGGUGAGAAGAACACGCAACAGGAUAUCUCACGAAGAAUCCUCAAAACGGAUCCUCCGAUUCCCAGUCACCUCAGCCCAACCGUACGAGACUUUAUCCUCCGUCUUCUGGUGAAGGAUCCUCGACAGCGGUUGGGUGGUGGGCCGAGCGACGCCAAAGAGUUAAAGGAGCACCCGUUCUUCAGAAGAGCACCGCCACCCUUCUGUUGGGAGUCUCUGGAGAGACGGGAGAUACCUCCGCCGUUCGUCCCUCGAAUCACCCACGAGCUGGACACCAGUAAUUUCUCAGACGAGUUCACCAAAAUGAUCGCCGCCGACAGUCCGGCGGUAGUUCCUCCGAACUACGACAAGAUCUUCAGGGGCUACUCGUACGUAGCGCCUUCUGUACUGUUCGGGGACAACGUGGUCAGCAAAGACAUCUUCAAGGAGGCGACUAAAGCUAGUACAGAAUCUCAGCGACCAUCGGCGUCGGACGUAUUAGCGGCCAGGUUCGAGGAAUCGACCUUCUUCCAGGUCUACGAGCUGGAUCCGCGCGAGGAGGCUCUGGGUGACGGUAGUUUCUCAGUCUGCCGCAAGUGCAGACACAGGAAGACGCUACAGGAGUUCGCUGUGAAGAUAGUCAGUCGUAGAAUCGACUGCGGAAGGGAGGCGAACCUGCUGCGCACUUGUCAAGGACACCCGAACGUGGUCAAGCUGAUCGAGGUACACCAGGACAGGGCGCACACGUACCUAGUGAUGGAAUUACUGUCGGGGGGAGAGUUAUUGAGGAGGCCGAGGCCGUUCAGCGAGCAGCAUGCCAGCAGGAUAAUGAGGCAGUUGGCCUCCGCGGUACGGUUCAUGCACUCCAGAGGCGUGGUCCACAGAGACUUGAAGCCGGAGAACAUAGUCUUCGCUCACGUAGGAGAGGAUUCCUCGGUGAAGAUCGUGGACUUCGGUUUCGCCAGGAUAAAACGCGGCUGCGAGCCUCUGCACACGCCUUGUUUCACUCUUCCAUACGCGGCCCCCGAGGUGGUAGCCAGGCAAGGGUACGACCAGAGCUGCGACCUCUGGAGUCUAGGCGCAAUUCUCUACUCCAUGCUGUCGGGGAAGCCUCCGUUCAGGACAGGCUCCCCGGACCUGGCUACCAGAAUCAGGGCAGGGGAGAUCGAUUUCGACGGCGAGUCCUGGAACCACGUGUCCAGCCUCGCCAAGCAAGUCGCCAAGGGUCUGUUGACCGUCGACCCGAGUAAAAGACUGACAGCCAGCGGUCUAGCGAACCACCCUUGGCUGAACGAGACCAGUUCCUUCGACGUGACCACAACCGGCUCCUACGACGUUCAUGCAGCCCACGAGCACGCGAAUCCCAGCUUCCUGGAGAAGCCGGAGGGCUUCCGACUGCGCGAGGUGGACGGAGCCAGGUUGGCGCAGAGGAGAAAGCUUCAUAAACGUUCCACCUCCAGCUCCGUCUCCUCUUCCGCCUCCACCACCUCCUCGAGCCCCUCUGUACAAUUGUUAAGACCACCCAGCGCGGCUACCAAUCUCGCUACCUCCGCUUCUCCGGCUCAACCGAGCGCCUUCGACUUCGGCGAGGACAAAGUGAACGAGUACCUCAGCUCCCUGUCCUCCUCCUCGGACUCGAACUCGCCCAGGAUCAUGCAGGAGACGCCCAAGAAGCGACGCAAGCGCGACGACGACCACUCGGACCAGGAUAUCUACUCGAAGCGGUACAAGAGGAUCCACCUGGACAGUGAAGUUUAUAAAAACAGGACUGGCCCGGUGACUAGGUCCAGGAAACGAAAACUCGAAGAACAAACCGUGAACGGUGGCGGUGAUCCUCUGACGGCCGAGUUGCGCGAAUCUUCUCGCGCGGACCUCAGAGAGAUCCAUCGGAAACAGAAGGCUGGGAAACGGCCCAAACGUUUGGCCACCAUCAUCUUAGAGUAGAUCGUCGGUCGUUCGUGUUCGAUUCGGCGGGACGAUUAAACUCGCGUCUCCUUCGUGUUGUGUCUCCUAUACGUAUGCAUUUCACGCGAUGUUGUAAUGUAAUGUAACGUUUGGCUGCCUUCGACGCUCGAUGCGACUCGAGCGAGCAUUGCGUCAUUCCUAUUUCCGGAACCUGCGGACGGGGACUUCCGCGUCUUGAAUUUCGUACGGGCUCGUCGGAGGCUUCCUCUUUACAAUACCUUUUCGGUGAAACUUUGCCUUCUAGUUUAUCUGAUUAUUUGAAAUGAUCAAAUCCAGUAGCCAGUAUUCUUUUUUAAGAUGUUAUUCUUGUUAUAAGUACAUGUAUAGUUUUAUUCAUUUAAUUGAUGUUUAAAUUUUCAAACUUUUGUUCUCUGUAGGGUAGGAUUAAUGGUAAUUUAACUGGAGAAGUUUAAAGUGUCUUCCUGCGUAUUUUCUAUUAAAUAAUAUUUUUAUUCAAAGCAACGUUCAGAAUUUUGUUCAUUGGUUUUGGAGUCUCUAUUCAGUUCAAUUUUUCUUACUUCUCUGAUACUUGCAUCCUUUUGAAUACAGUUUGCUUUUAAACAUACAUAGAAUAUAAUACCAACAGUAUUAAAAGAUAUAGGGGAAGAUUGCAGAAUAAUUUGCUUGUUUAAAGAGCACUUUACUCAGCAGUUAUUGAAAGGUUCAGUGAAAGUACCAAGUGCUUCUAUUUCAACAUUUUUCAAAAUUGUAUGAUUAAAGGCAAAAGAAGGAUUUUUAGGUUUGUUCAGAAGCUUCUGCGGGCUCGUAUCAAAUUCAAAAUAGGAUCCCCGAGCGACACUGUUCCUUAUCGCAAUCUUUAAAUUAUUGUAGAUACUAAAUUUAAUUUUAUGCCAUGUUUAGGAUUACGUAUUAUCGAUCAGAGCUGUGGAAAAUAGUAUUUUAUAUAUAGAAACAAGCGUUUUCUUUGUCAAACGAAUUAAUCGCUUCAUCCUUUAGUCAUUUAUCUGUGUACUAUCUUAAGUUGAAUUACCUCUGUAGAUCUUAAGUUUAUCUUCGUUCAAAAUGAAAUUUAUAUAUUGGACCAAUCUUAACAUUUUGACUGCGAUAGAAAUUUAUUUUUCUUUAUUUAAAAAAACGAAGACAGAAAGAAGAUUCUAAAUAAUAUUAGAACUGUACUAAGUCAACGUAUAUGAACAAUUCAUAAUGAGAUAUACUCUUAUUACAUUUAAGAUAAUUUUUCAAUUAUUCUAUUGAAAGCAACAAAGUUAUUUAUUCAAGGUAUCUCUCAAAGGGUUGCUCAAAAGUGCGCGCAAUUUAGUUAAUUAAAAUCUUCUUAAAAGAUUAAGGAAUAUGAUAUAUUGCUCUUACGUCUCCCUGUAGGACCUCCCUAUCUAAGAACCAGAUAUUUCAUAAAAUACUUCAUUAGCAUAUAAAAUUGACUCUUUGCUGUAGAAAUAAAGAGAUUCGAUUAAGGUAUAUAGCGGCAUAUAAAAAGUAAAUUACAAUGCAAAGGGUUGAUCAAUGAAAAAUUUCUUUUUCUCCUCGUUUAUUAUUUUAUCAUGAAUACUAUGUUCGCCCAGCUCGUUCGAUAUUAUGUAUGUACAUAUGUGUAUGUAUUCCCGUUGUUAACACAUUGCGUACUCGUUUUCGCAUUUUCUUACAAUUACGUGUGAAAAAUUAUAGCUAAAGGGUGGGUAUAUCCCUUAAUUCAUCGAUUAUCGUGUGCUAUUUUGUUCAACCCUCGGCCGGCGGACCAUGGAGAGAGCCUCCCAAGACGGCGGACCACGGAGAGCGCCCCCAAUUUUAAUGUAAUUUUUUUCAUUUUGUAGAUUUUUCACCGCUUCUUUUGAAAUGACAAAAUUAUAAUUAAUAUCGUUUUGUACGUUCGGGUCUCGAUUGACCCAGAAUCACACGAUCAAAAUACUAUUCGAAAAGAAUCUCCCGAUGAAAAUGUAAAAUAUACGAAGGAAAUGAAUAGCUCGUUGUACGCGGUGUGUUAAUUCGUGAAGAUUUCGAUCAUUCGCAACCAUCGAGGCGACAAAUGGUGGCCCGAUUUGUACAGAAACACGAUUCUUCCUCGUGUCGAUACGAAAGAUCGAACCUGAUCAACGACUCCUUAUUGAUUUUUCCGUUCACUGUUGUCUGUGAUGAAACCUUGUGUAAAAAGAAAAAUUAGUGGCGGGUUAACGAUUGCCUCGAAUCACUUUGCGAAUUUCGAGAAAUUAGUAUAUUUUAUUCCAUAAAUAUAUAGUUACUUUUUCUCACUCAGAGAUAUUGCAAGACUCUUCGUAGCAUCAAUAUAAUUCAUAUUUCCAAGUAAUAAUUAAAGGCUAUCAAAUUAUUUAUUUUGUUAAGUUUCUCGAAGUGAUUCGAAAUUGCACAAUAAUUAUAGAAAAUCACCAUAAAAAAUAAAACGUCGAAAUGCUCGAUCGUUUUCUUCCAGACGUUUAUCGAACGAACGCCUGAACAGCCUUCUGAACCCUGUGUCCCUUGAUCUUUCCUGAAGAAACACAGAGCAAAAAAAAAAUUUAAAAAAAAAAACAGGAAAGCACGGAACUCGAUUCGUGACAAUUUACAUAGAAAAAUGUGCCUCAGACGAAAGACAAUUGAGCUAUUAGGUGUGCGUGUACGUUUCUGAGCGAUCGAGAACGGCGAAGAGAACUUAUUUAUUUAACUAAUGAUUGUAAAAGGAAAAAAAAGAUGAUACGAAUGUAUGCGUGAGAGAUAGAUAGAUCGCGUGUAUUUCGUGCGAGGGAAACGAUACACGCUCGGAUGAUUGAUUAUAUUACAUACAGAUUCUAUUCGAAAGGUAUGUUCUGUUCACCGAGCAUAUAUCGAAUACACGCUAUUCUUAUACAUUGAUUUUUAGUCCUGAAUCUUUAUAAAUAUAUAUAUGAGAAAAAAGAAAAUGUUAUAUAUAAGGAGAAAAAAAUUAUAUAUACACACACACUUAUACACGGCGGACACAGAAAACCAUGUACGUGUACAGCAUUGCCUCUCUGAACGGAGAUAUAGGAUCUUAUGUACAGUUGCGCGCAUAGAUGACUUCCUUCGGUUAAGCGAGAGUGUACCCUACCACUCUUCAAGCCCGGUUUACAUUGGUAGAGUGAAUGAAGUUAGUAGAAAAUUUGGCAAGUUAUAUUAAUAGAGUAUACUAGCAUUGGUAUAAUGGAAGAAUAUAUUUAUACAUCUGCAAUCAAAUUACGCUUCCCCAAGGAAAAUGAGGAUCCCCCCUGUAGGCUUCCCCCGACUGCCACUCUAACCCCUUGGUAGCUACGGGGAGAACUACAAUACAGGGGAGUGGGUCCCCGAACGUUCACGCGGGAAAAUUUGAAUUUAAAAUAUAACGAAUCGAUGUAAAGAAGGGGUAACUGAGAAAAAUCAUCUAUGCCCUUUAUUUGCCAUGUAAAUUUGAAUGAAAAUUUUAUUAACAAGCAAUGUUAUUUUCAAAAAAUUUAACUUUUUCUAUCGGUAUCAAAUACUUACUGAAAUUGUUUAUAAUUUGAAUUAAGUGGAAAUAUUGCUGUUUAGAGAGACAAUUGUGUACAUUCUAUAGGGUAUUAGAAAAUAUAUGUAUACAUAGGGUUGACCGAGGUUUAUCGAGUAUUAUAUAUGUAUAUAACGUACGUGUCAUUUUUCUUGUUUCUCGAGGGGAAUUCCUUCGUUUUACGUACUGCUAUUUCGCGAACGGUGAACCGAGACUAUACACGCGAGGUGUACAUAGAAAAGAUUUAUUAACGAGACGAACAUCGAAACGUUUCUUUUUCUUUUUGUUUUAUUGAUAUUUGUUAAAAAUUUUAAUACAAGUCCAUUCGAUUUUUAGUUGUGUUAGGAAAAUUAAAGAAAAUUAAUUAGACAAUUUUGUUGUAUAUGGCGGCGACGAGUUGACACGGGUAUCGUUAUUUUGUUUGUUAAAUUUCAGUAUGUUUAUUGAACAAUUGGUGACUCACAGAAUAUUCUCUUGACUUUAUUUUAAUAUCCUUAAAUGGUAGAUGAUUCUUCCAAAGUUAAUACACGUGCAUCUUCCAAGAAAUAAUUUAACACGUUGAUUUAAAAAAAAAAAAAAAAUUGAAUAUUGUUUUGAGGUUAACAAAAGUCUGUGAGUCACGAUGCAUCGACCUUGUUUAUAAUCUAAACAGAACGAUGAUUGUUCGACUAUCGUAAGAAAGGUACAUUGUAAAAAUAAAGAAAAGAAGAGAGAAGGAACGAAGGGGGGACGGCGAAGACUGAAAUGGUUAUACACCGACUCAGGGAACAGAGAGACGCAACCAAGAAAAAUUCUCUUGGAAAGAAAGAAAAAAAAGUAAAAUAAAAAGCUAUUCGACUACGAGAGGAUGAGCGUUUCGUCGAAACGCGUGCUUCUACCAAAGACGACCGAAGCAAAAAUCGCUCUGUAAAGACCAAAAAAAGCCAACAAAAACAAAUAUAUAUGUAUGUAUGGGAAAAAAAAAAGAAACUGAACCCGCGUUUUGCAACGUUGUUACAUAAAGUAAGGCGCGCGUUUGAUUUUCACGAAGAAAAAAAAAAAGAUGAAAAAUGAUGCAAAGAAUGAAAGAAAUAUUUAAUUGAGAAAAGAACAGAUAUGUAUACAUAAAGAAUUAUAUAUUUAAUAUAAGACUAUUAUUAGAAGAUUAUAUUUCUUUAAUAAGAGGAUAUUUCUAUUUAGCGAACGUGCAAGUCAUUUAACGAGUCUCUAAUAAGUUGCAAUCAGUUUGACCCGUAAACGAGACAAAGGUGGAACUGAAAAAAUUUUUUUUUUCUAGAUGCAUAUAUAUAUAUAUAAAUAUAUAUCACUGUUACGUUAUUAAUGAAAAGGAAAAAAAAAUGAAACAAAGUCCUUCGAAGAAUACGUAUAUUUGUACAGGGAGUCGUAAGAGUCUAAUGCAUCCUUCAAGAAAAUUCGACGAGCUCGAAUUCAUAUCAUUAAGUUUUACCUGUUGCAACGAACAUUAUAGUAUUUUUGUUGGAUUCGAACGAUGGCGUAUGUACAGUUGAUGCAUCCGUUUUACGAUCCUACGAAUUGGAACGUUUCUCGACGAGUAAUUUGUUCAUUGUUUCGAUCCGAACUUUUCAUUGACAGAUUCGACGUGAAAUUGUGCGAUAGACUUUUAAGGCAUCCUAUAAUGCAUAUAUUAUAUAUAAAUAUACAUAGUUAUAUAUACGGAUUCAAGCUUGUACCAUACGAUAAAGAGUGCUGUUCUGUUGCUAUAAGUACCGUAAGAGAGACGAGAUACCUUUGUUACUACUGGUUGUUAAAUAUAUCAUAACAUAAUAUUUAUUUA